AUGGCCACGAUCGCUGCUACCGAAAUCCCCACCGUCGAGCUCCUCUACAAGCUCGGCAAGCUCACUGCGUCCCGGCAGCCCCUCUACCCACCCAGCGCGUCGCAUAACCAGAAGGUUAGCGUUAUUCGAGGCGACAUCACGAAGCUCCGCGUAGACGCCAUUGUCAAUGCCGCCAACAAGAGCCUUCUCGGCGGCGGUGGCGUCGACGGCGCCAUCCACCGAGCCGCAGGCCGCGGCCUCCUGCAGGAGUGUAGGACCUUGAACGGGUGCGACACCGGUUCCGCCAAGAUCACUGGCGCUUACAACCUUCCUUGCAAAAAGGUUAUCCACACUGUCGGCCCAGUUUACGACGAGCUCAACCCCGAGUCCUCCCAGGAGAAGCUGGAGGGCUGCUACAAGUCGAGCCUGGCCCUCGCUGUCCAGAAUGGCUGCCGCAGCAUUGCCUUCAGCGCCAUCAGCACCGGCGUCUACGGAUACCCCAGCCGCGAGGCUGCCCCAGUUGCCGCCGAAGUUGUCCGCGAGUUCCUUGAUGGAGAAGACGGCAAGAAGCUGGACAAGGUCGUCUUCUGCACCUUUGAGAUGAAGGAUGUCGCGGCCUACGACGAGACUCUCCCGAUCUUCUUCCCUCCCACCGACCAGCCCGCUUCUCCAAAGAAGACUGACGAUGGCCCCUCCGAGGAGCAGGCCGAGGAAGCCAAGGCCGUUGCGGCGGAGUUGCCCAGCGUCCCAAAGGCCGAUCCUUUCCCGUAA